GCUUAGAGGAGAAUGGUACGGUCCACUGCACCGUCAAGUUGAAAUAGCUCAGUUCAAGGGCAGUGAUCUAAUCUGUAGUUUGUGUGCGUCCCUCCCGUCUGUGCUGCGGUCACUGACACUGACACCACCAUGCUCUGCAGAGUUGCCCAGAUACGCAGGUGUGCAGCCGGCCUCAGCCAAACCAUAAGCCAGGCCACCACAGCGAGGCACAAGCACACUCUGCCUGACCUGACCUACGACUAUGGUGCCCUGGAGCCCCACGUCAGUGCAGAGAUCAUGCAGCUGCACCACAGCAAGCACCACGCCACAUAUGUGAACAACCUCAACGUCACGGAGGAGAAGUAUCACGAGGCACUGGCGAAGGGUGACGUGACGGCACAAGUUGCCCUCCAGCCUGCUCUGAAAUUUAACGGAGGAGGCCACAUUAAUCACACCAUCUUCUGGACAAACCUGUCUCCAAGUGGGGGAGAUGGGCCACAGGGGGAGCUAUUGCAAGCCAUCAAUCGGGACUUUGGUUCCCUCCAGAAGUUGAAGGAAAAGAUGUCCGCUGCUACCGUUGCGGUGCAGGGCUCGGGGUGGGGCUGGCUGGGCUACGACAAGGAGAGCGGAAGCCUUCGCAUCGCGGCUUGUGCGAACCAGGAUCCUCUGCAGGGGACGACAGGUCUCAUCCCUCUCCUUGGUAUUGACGUAUGGGAGCAUGCCUACUACCUUCAGUACAAAAAUGUGCGGCCAGACUAUGUUAAGGCCAUCUGGAAUGUCAUCAACUGGGAGAACGUGACUGAGCGUCUUCAGAACGCCAAAAAGUAGAAUCUAACCCUUGCACAUCCCUGACAACCUCUCCCAUCCUGACCUGGACCUGCUUCAAAUAGUCGCUGCAAAUAAUUCUUAGUUUUACGGAGUUUCAGUGGUGGUGCUCUGUGAAUUUUAGAUUGUCAGUUGCAUUAUCAUCAUUCAAUGCUUUCUAUAUUGAAAACGUACAAGUUGAAACAAAAUUAAUAAUCAUUUGCAAGUGGUUUUUUAUUCUCGGGUCUGUCGUCAAACACCAGACUCAAAGCGCACAAAAAUGGCAGCCUUUCACUGCUUUUAUUUAUUAGCCAAAUAAUAGCUGUCACGUUACCAUGGAGGAUAUUCAGUGAGCUGCGUCAUUGUCAGAAUAACUCGUACUGAAAUCAUACAAUGUUAUUGCAGUCGAUGUUUUUGAUGUAAAAUAAUAAAAUUAUAUGAUUUGA